UUAUCACUUUUAUUUUGUAAACGUUUCUUUUUCUUUUCAGAGCCUUUUGACGCAGCUUCAUGGAUGUUAGUUGGUAUUGUAUCAAUCCAUGCAGCUACUUUUAUGAUCUUUUUAUUUGAACGCUUAUCGCCUACAGAAUUUGAUCCCAAGAAAGUUAUCUUACCAAAGCCUGGAUUUUCAAUAACUAGAUCAUAUUGGUUAGUGUGGGCUGUUCUAUUUCAAGCAUCAGUCCAAGUUGAUUCUCCACAAGGCAACACUGCUAGGUAA